GUCCUUGAACGCGUCAACUUCAGUUGAAAGAAGUUCUCCUGAAAAUCACCAGAAAAUGGAGGAUCUGCAGGACAUCAAAAAGAUCGAGGAAGAUUACAGUAAGAAACGUCUUGAUGGACUAGCCGAACUACCGGAGCUUCAAAUGCACAUUGAUCCGGAAGUUGAGUACAAAUCUUUUCAAGAACAGCAAACGUGGGCUCCGAUUGACGAAGAGAACAACCAGUGGCUCUCGGUUUAUAUGCUACUGGCACGUUCCCUAAUCACCAUUAGCCAAAUAAAAGAUGGAGUGCCAAACAAAGAGGCAUUGGAAAAUGCAUGCUUAGGAGAAGCUGAAGAAUUCAUGAUGGAGUCCUUGUAUGAAGUCGGCUACGAUCCGCUAUCAGCUGCACGGAUAUACAGAAAGAAGAAUUUACCGAAGACGCUAACUACUUCGUGGUCCGAGGAAGAAAUUGCUCUAUUCAUUCGUGGAAUUGUACGCUACGGAAAGAAUUUCCAUAAAAUCAGAAAAAAUCUGUUGCCAGGAAAAGAUACGGAUAGCAUCGUCGAGUAUUACUACAAGUGGAAGAAGACGAAGUCUGCCCAAGCUGCUCGUAAACGACGCAAUUCUAGGUUUUACAAGGCAAAGCCACGAACUACAGUAAAAACUGAGAAACUAGUUAUUAAUGCACCUUCUGUCGCUGGGAAAAUGGUGACUCGCAGCACUCGUCGCCGAACUAUUGCUGGCAAGGAAAUUAUGCCUGCGAUUCUAUUGGACGCCGCCACGAGACCUAGGAGAAAUGGGAAAUCCCUGCCAGGCGAUAGUAACAAAUCUGUUGUAGUAUCUGACUUAGUAAAUAAUUUAAAAAUUUGACUGCUAACACGAACGGUGUUAAAAUCUCAGUGAUGGGACUGAUCGUGUUUAAAAAUUGUGAUAUACGAUUCUGUCCAUACGCGUUUUUAUACGUACUUAUUAUUAAUGCUUUGUACAUAUGUUAUACUAUUUGAUAAUACUUUAUUAAUUUUAUUUAAAAAAAACGUUAUUCUCUUCCUAC